AUGGCAAACCGGUAUGGACCGGUAUGUUGCCAACCGGCUGUCACCGCCACCACUCUACACACGUUCGCUUUCACCUCUCCCUGUGUCCAUCCCUGUCCCAUCCCAAGCCGAGGCGUCGGCAGCCGGUUCGACCACCACCAACUCGCUCUCUCUUCUGUCGUGGUUUCCGAGGAGGAGGAGGAGGAGGAAGGACCGCUUCUUCCUAGUCUUUCCGUUUCAUUUCGAUUAUUCUGGCGUCUCUUUGAGUUCAGGUCGAGGGUCAUUCUGAACAAUCUUUUUCUGAUUUUCGACCUUGUCUCUUUUUCCUAG